AUGUUGACUCAACGACGUUGGCCCGUGACCGCGACCGCCAUCAUAUCCUCCAGCGUCAGAGCACCCGCUACGUUGAGGCGAAUUGCACGCAAGUGCCACGGCAAAUACGCUCGAAGCACGCUCGAUGUCGAGCUACCAACACCAUCAACAUCGACACUCACCUCGGGAUCCUCCUCCACGGCUAGCACUUUCUCCAACUCCACCACGUCCCUUUCGCAACGGCUUCUCACGGCUUCCGUGUCGGGAGCGCCCGCUGCAGCCGCCUCGGCCACGACCACUACAUCCCUGGCUAGGACUCGGCGACCUCAGGUUCCACAGCAAUCCAAGCAAGCGACAGGAGGGCGACUCAGAACCUCGUCCACGGAGACUUCGGAUACUGGUGUCACGGAGCUUGCACCGAGUCUCGCAACGUCGUCGUCGACUUGGUUUGAUUUCGAGCCAGCGGGAGGCUCCACACCUUUGUUCUCGCCAGAGCCACAGCCGACGUCGAGUAAUGAUGGCGAGCUCGACGAUGGCGCCGCCGGAUCAAGGCAACUUCUUCCCUCAUCAUCCAGCUCGACGAGUGAAAUCGCCGCGGCAUCUACUCGGCCAACUCUCGAGACGUCGUCGGGCGCUGCGUCGGCGAAAAGACGCGAAACAAGCUUUGGGGAAGUUGUGGCUGUAGAAACUCCGGGCGCCAUCGUUGGCAAAGUUUCCAACGUCUUUGGUGGUGACGAUGGCGGUGGCACGAAUUCCACCGGCAGUAGAAGCAAGUCUGUUGGCGGGGGCAUCGAGCACAACAGCAGCCUCUCUUCUUUGCCGAACAAUGCCAGCAGCAGCAAGUCCCCGAUUGCGUUAUCGCCAAGAACAAUCAUUGGAAUAUCCGUCGGCGUCGUCGUCACGGUCAUCGUGAUGAUGAUACUUGUGUGGAUGCGGCGAAAAAGAAGGAACAAGGGGGAAUGGGCCCGGUGCUCCGGACGGCUGCAGAAGCAGAGGGGAAAUGAAGAGAGGGAUUUCAACAGGCUCGGCCUCGCCAACGGUGAGUCGGCUGCGGCAGCGGGGCUGCAUGUUGUUGCCUCGGAGCGAACAAGGGGGCGAUUGUGGAUGCCACAAGGUGCUGGCGCCGUCGACAGCUUCGGCGCCGGCAUGGACGGUGCCCACGCGCGAUUCUUGGAAACAGCGGCGUCGCCUCGGCGGGGAGGCGAUGCGGGAGGCCGCGACGAAAGGGAUGGAAGGUCAGAGGAGGCUUCGAAUCCCGACGACGGACCGGGCCGGACCCUGGACAGCUUCGCCGGGUUCGGCGAGUUCGAGCCUCGGCAUGAACGACAUGCGACAGCCACCAGUCGGCCGGCACACCCUUUGGCCGCUCCCAAGGCGUCGUAUACUCUGAGUUUGCUUUGUCACGAUGAUUUCGACGGCCAGGAAUCGCCGACGGAACAUGCGGUCGCCCUUUUCGCCGCCCGCAGGGAGUCUCCCCUCGAGAUGGUGGGCAACGCUCAGCACGGGACAUAUUCGGCCGUCGAGCGGCGGCAGUCGGUGCACGGCGAGACUCUGGAGGGCAACCAUCGAAAUACGAGGCGGGUCGACGGCGUCGGCGGCAAGUUCAACGAUGCGGAUGCCACGACAAGAUUCGGCAAGCUCGACAUACAGUGCCGAUUGAAAGCCGACUAG